GCCAUCCGAAAACCAUGUGGGGAUCGGCGGAGAUUGAGUUUCGCGAAUGAUGCGAGAACCAUUGACUUGGAUACUCUUUUGCCCGUGGCACCAGCACGGCACACUCAACAUUACAUUAUGUAAUUGACUGGAUCCAUCGUCCAAGAGUUUCAACACGGUCCCAGUGAAGCCGGAUGCUCUCAUUCCAAGGAACAUGGCUGAAGCUAACAGCUGUGGUCUUGGCCCUGUGCGCAAUUAAAAGAUGAAAUUCCCUCACCCUUUCAAGGUCCUCUUGCUUCGACAAUAGUUGUAGGCUGCAGAUGCGUGAAACCGUUGCAGUAGCAGCCUGGGACCUCUAAUGGCAGAUGAAAAGUUGAGUUUCAGGUGGCGAUGAAUGCACGAUCCGAUUCCGAUGUCCCGUACAACGGCGAUGCGCUGAUAGGCGUGUCCGUUGCAAUUGCCGUUGUUCAGAUCGUGGUGGUUAUAGCACGCUUUUAUACACGGCGACGCCUGCAACAGCUGGCCUUUGCUCUCGAUGAUUAUCUGAUUCUUCUGGCAUUGAUCGCCAGCGUAGGCCAAUCGGUUUUGUACAUUAUCUUGGUCAAACUCGCAGGAGUCGGACAUCACAUGGAAUAUGUCGAAGAGACGCCUGAAAAGCUGGUGAUCUUGGAGAAGGGCCUGUACGCCAACGAGAUCCUCGACUUCCCGUUCACAGUCACACCAGCGAAGAUUUCCAUCCUGGUCUUCUACCUCCGGAUCUUCACCACUCGAUCAUUCAAAGUAAUGGCCUACAUAGUCGGUGCUAUCGUGCUCGGACACGGCCUCGGCAUCCUAUUUGCAGCCAUCUUCCAGUGCUGGCCGAUAGCAUACGUCUGGGACAAAACCAUCGAAGGAGGAUCAUGCUUCAAUCAGUUGGCAUUCUACCGCUACGUGUCACCGCCAAACAUCUUAACAGACGUCCUCAUCCUGAUCAUGCCAUUGCCAUAUGUCUGGAAACUACACACGCGAAAGGGGCAGAAGUUAGCUUUAACAGGAGUAUUCCUUCUCGGCAGUUUAGGAACCGUAGCCAGUAUCUUACGAAUGACAAUCUUCUUUCAAGAAAACGCCACGACCGACCCAACCUGGACAUCAACCAGCCUCGGCGUCUGGACCAUCCUAGAAGGCGGAAUCAUCAUCAUCGCCGCCUGUCUCCCGCCCAUUUGGCCAUUGAUCAUGCACAUCCUCCCUCAACAGCUACGCAGCAAGGAUUCCUCGCAGACUCCGCAGCGCUAUCAUCAUCACCACUACCCAAUUAACCAGGCUAAUAGCAAGACUCCGGAGGGGUUUUCUCGACUCGGAGAUAAUAGUCAGUCGCGUGGAUCGCAUGUCCCGUCGCUGGGGAGUCAGACGAUUGUGGCGCGUGAGUCUGAGUACUAUUCGGAGAAUAUCUUGUUGGAAGAGGCGGUGCAUGGGUAUGCGGUUGUGGAGAGGGAGGGGCCGUAGAGUCAUAGGUGUAUAGAUGUAUC